AGUACAAUUUACGAACAGCAUGACGAUUAGCAACUAAAUCUCUUUAUAGAUUCUAUAUUGUGUACAAUGUUAAAUAAAGUUGAUAAAAUAAUUUCGCAUUGGAAGUUCAUUAGGCAAACAGACGGCGAGUAUAUGCGACGUGUCCGCGGGAUCACGCUCACCCAUCGUGUCCUAUGACCUUCGUAGACUCAAUAUUUAUUUCAUACAUAAAUCAAAAACCAGAUAAGGCAUAUUUAUUAUGCUAUAACGUGCUUAAUAUAAUUCGUAUAGAGCUAAUUAUCAAAACAGCAUUCUGCAUUUGUGAAAUAAAAUGGCUAAAAAAGGUAUUAAAUCAAAAGUGAAAAGGGAUGGAGAAUUCGUGCCUCCUGACGGGGGAUGGGGUUGGAUGAUAAUUUUUGCUGCUGGAAUUUCUAAUCUGUCGGCCCUACCCAUCCUUCAGCAGUUUGGUCUACUCUUCAGGGAUAAAUUCGAGCGGCUAGGCAUCACCAGUUCCGAGACAACUACCAUCAUCAACAUGAACUCCGCGCUGACCUCUUGCGUCGGUCUAGCUAAUGGUCCAAUGUUCAAAACAUUCAGCUAUAGAAAAGUUUCACUAGCAGGAGCAACGAUUGUAUUUAUUUCCCUCAUGUUAACUACGUUCUCCUAUAAUUUUAUUACUUAUCUCAUAUCUUUCUCAAUAUUAUAUGGUGCUGGUUAUGGUAUCAGUAGUUCAGCUAAUGCUCUUGCAUUAAAUACGUAUUGGAAAAACAGAAGACGAUUAGCAACUAGUCUAUCAUGGACUACAACAGGUCUUGGCCCUAUGUUGUGGCCACAUAUAAUAACAGCAUUAUUUGCUAUAUUUGGGGAAACGGGAACAAUUCUUAUUUUAGGUGGAAUAUCACUGCAUGCAAUAGCAUGCGCACUUUUAUUGCAGCCAGUUGAGUGGCAUUGUAGAAAACCUAAGCAAGAAGAAACAAAGUUUCUUAAGUCGAGUCUAGCUCAAGAAAAAUUACAACAAAACGAUAAAACAGAUUUAGAUUGUAGAAAAAUACAAGAAAGUGGUUAUUUUAGUUCAAAAAUAAAAAAUCUAAGUGCAUUCUCAAGUCAAUAUCUUUAUAAUGAGGAUGAUCCAGUUACUCCUGGCUAUGAAAUAAUAGACCCUGGUGUACCAAUGAUGGUGCGUGCAAAUGACGGAUAUUAUAGUCAAUCAAGACAAUCUAGAAGUAGACAUGCUUCAAGGGAUGCUUCUACAAAAAAUUCUCGUAUGAAUUCAAAGAAACCAUCCAUGACAAAUCUAGCAGAAAACCGAUCACGUAAAUCGUCAACAUUGUACUUAAAUGAAUCAAAAAAGAAUUCAGCAGUAAAUCUCGGAGCUCUUGUACAUGAACGUGAGAAGCCGACAAAUAAAGUAAAACGAAAGACUUCUAUCACAUUAAAUACACAAAUUCCAGAAUCAGAAAUAGAAGAUUGUCCAACAUUAAAAGCACCACAAGAUUUGAAGGCAGAUGAAAAAGUAGUUGUUGAAAAUAUUGAUCCAGGUAAAGCAAAAGAUAUUGCAGAUAGAGCAGAAAAACAUUUGGUUACAAAUAAAAGUAUUAAAUCUUUUAAAAUGGAUGGACAAUAUGGAGAAAAGUAUACGAAAGAUAAUCAUAGCAAUAUAUCAUUAAAAUUCCAAGAUGAACAUGAUGAAAAAAAGUAUUUGAAAGAUAAUCAUAGCAAUCAGUCAUAUCGCACCAGAUACAGAAGAAAAUCUAAUAAUUUUAAUUAUGAAAGUGAAGUUUUAAAGCAAGCUUCUAUGAAAUUAGAGCAAUAUUUAAAAGAUAAUGAAGAUAAAAAUAAUGUAGACAAAAUGAAAUUCCUUAUAAACAGUCGUACUGAGGACGAAGAAGAUACCGUUUUUGAGGAAAAAGAAGAUAAUGAAGAAAAGGAAAUGACGUUUUGUGAAAAAAUUUACAUAUUUUUUGACUUGGAUCUUUUAAAAGAUUUUACAUUUAUUAAUUUAAUGUUGGGAAUAACGUUAGCAAAUUUUAAUGAACUAAAUUUUUCUAUACUAACGCCAUUUAUUCUUGGUGAUUAUGGACUCUCAAAACCUGAAGUGGCUCUGUUUAUGUCUCUUUUGGCUGGAAUCGACCUUUGUGUUAGAUUUUGCAUACCAUUUGUUGCGGGCAAAAUAGGAUGGGACAAUAAUUUUUUCUUUCUUUUCGGAGUUAUGUCUAUGGCUAUGGGAAGAGUAGUUCUUGCAUACUGUCAGUCCUACAGUGUGGUACUAAUUGUAGCAGUUAUGAUAGGGUUUGGCAAAGGCUUGAGGACAGUGUUUAUGGCUCUUGUUAUACCUACCCAUGUGCCUCUUCACAAGUUGCCAGGGGCGACUGGUAUCCAACUGUUGACUGCUGGAAUCGUAUAUCUUUCAUUAGGACCAGUUGUAGGUUGGAUAAAAGACAACGCAUCCACAGCUGUGACAUUGCAUUGCUUGAAUAUAUUUACGUGGCUGACGGCUUUGUCCUGGGGUUUGGAAAAAUACUUAAGAACGAGAAAACAGAAGGCUACUAAUCAAGAAUUAGUUAAAGCUUAAAUAAAUUCAUUAUAAAUAUAACUGGUACACAGCCUCAGUGACCAGUGCAAAAUUAAAUCUAUCUUCCCGGUCACAUCUUGUAUUCAGAGCUUUAAAAUUGAUUUUUGUUUUUAAUCUGUAUAAAAAAAAAUAGAAUAAAAAUAAAAAACAACACUUUAAAUAUCUUUGGACCAGAUUUUUCGAUUCUUCAAAUGUUAUAUUGCAUUUAUUAUUUAUUUAUUUAAAAUGUAGACGAAAUCCUUAAAUUGAAGGAUAUAAAGUACAUACGUCUCCAUUUGAGAAUUAGAGAUGUCACCUCCCUAAAAUCCUUACACUUAUUUUUAUAAGUAGCUAGCCUUUUUCCAGGUACUGCGUACUUACAUGUGGAUUUCAGAAAUAAGAAAACUAAUGAAGUAAACUACUUCUAGAAAACAUAUCAAGAUAAAAUGAACACCAGAUUCAAAGUUCGACUAUUGAAAAAGCGCAAUUGUGAAAAUUCUAUUGGGUUUAAUAGUUUUUGCGUGAUGUCGAUACAAAAGUACAGACACAUAAAAUUUUUAAAAAUUAUAUUAUAUUGAGUCCUAUUUUCUUUUAAAAAUUCCUUAUAUAAAUUUUUCUUAAAUAUCGUUCAACAUCAAGAGUUUAUUGACUUUUAUAGGAAAAACAAAUGUUGUAUACACUGUCUCUAUCAUAAAAUCAGUAUCAACUCUCAUGAUUUGAUUAAGGUUCUCAACUUAAUAAUUUUUGUCUAAACUUAGAGAGAAAAAUGUCUGUAAUGGGAUUUAUAAAAGGUCAAAUAAAAAUAGUCCAUUGCCAAAUAUUUUAGAAGUUAUUAGUAAUGAUUUGAAACAUGGUUAAGAUUAAAUAUUAUCAAAUGGCAACCCUGUCGGUCAACUGUCAAACUUGACAAAUAUAAGUGGUUUAGUUAUCAAAUAUUCGCUCGAAGAGAUACAUUAACAUCUCGAAGUAGUUUGUGCUCGAAGAAUCGGACCUAGUGCAAUAUUUUUUUACUUCAGUGAUGUUUGUAUUUUAGACUUGUCUUUCAUGUAUUUUUCGUUUGUUUAUUAUUACAUAAUCGGUAUUUUAUCUACGAGUAUUAGAACUUCCAGUCUUAUUGGACUGUUAAUACCUCGUAAUAUCUACAUAUGUAGUGAUUUAUUAAAUGAAUACAUUUGGAUAUAA